AUGGCCGCUGUCGAAUUGAUCUUUCCAGAUCUCAAGCCUGAUCAAGCCUCGCUCAACGAGCUCGAGCAAGACUGGCCCAUGUUCAUGAAGAAAUUGACCAGCCCUAAUCCAGGAGUGUUGUGCGGCUUCCACGGCUGGGUUCUCACUGAGAAUGGAAGGAAUGUGCGAGAUGAGAACAAAAAGGUCGUCGUAUUCGAAUGGGACAAGGUAGAAUCCUUUACAUCAUUCAUCACAACAUCACAAUUCGCCGAAUUUGCUGCAUCAAUUGGUCACUUGUUCACUGGACCCCCAAGACCACAGCUUUUUCGAACCGAUACCAGUCCCAAGGAUGCUGCCAGUGUCGGCAAGAUGGAGAUUCUUCGCCUUACCGUGCAGACUUCAGAAGCUACUGCGUUGGCACUUCAGAUCUGGGAAGAUAUAUCGGUCUACUUGAAGACAUGCUACCAGGAGGGUGUCACUGUUUCAUAUGGUAAAAGCCAGAAUCUCGCGGAUGAGAUUGUUGUGGGCCUUAUCGGAUGGCACGCACUCGAGAAUCAAAGUAUUGAGACGUCGGGCACCGGCCUUGAAGGUUUCAUCGAGAAGCUCAAAAGUCUUGGAGAGCUCUCGUGUAUGGGUGUGGGUCUUGAGGAUAUGAAGCUUCCGCCUGUUCAAGGACUUUGA